ACGGGAGGCUCGCGGCGCGCUGGCCAGCGGGUUGCAUCCGCCACUUCGCGGCGUCCCUACAGUCACUGGGGCGAUGGGCGAUGGAGGGGCCGGGCCUAGCCUCGCAGAAUGGACGCAUCCUUGAGAAGAUGGCAAUCUCUAGAUACAGAUGAGAACACUGACGCUGUCUCCGGUUGGAUGCAGGAAUCACAGCCAUGGCCCCCACCCUUCAGGAUUUGGUCGACAAGGAGUCUGUGCACAUGAAAACAAAGAACUUGCCAAGGCAAGAGAAGCUCUUCCUCUUAUAGAGGACUCUAGUAACUGUGACAUUGUAAAAGCUACUCAAUACGGGAUUUUUGAACGAUGUAAAGAAUUGGUAGAAGCAGGAUAUGAUGUCAGGCAACCAGACAAAGAAAAUGUGUCGCUUCUUCAUUGGGCUGCUAUUAACAACAGACUGGAUCUUGUAAAGUUUUAUAUUUCAAAAGGUGCUGUGGUAGAUCAGUUGGGUGGAGAUUUAAAUUCAACUCCUCUUCACUGGGCCAUCAGACAAGGACAUUUACCCAUGGUCAUAUUAUUACUGCAGUAUGGUGCAGACCCCACCCUCAUCGAUGGAGAAGGAUUCAGCAGCAUCCACUUGGCAGUAUUAUUUCAACACAUGCCCAUUAUAGCAUAUCUCAUCUCAAAGGGACAGAGUGUGAAUAUGACAGAUUUAAAUGGGCAAACACCUCUCAUGCUAUCAGCUCACAAAGUACUUGGGCCAGAACCAACUGGAUUUCUUUUAAAGUUUAAUCCUUCUCUCAAUGUGGUUGAUAAAAUACACCAAAACACCCCACUUCACUGGGCAGUGGCAGCAGGAAAUGUUACUGCAGUUGAUAAACUUUUGGAAGCCGGUUCUAGCCUGGAUAUCCGAAAUGUUAAGGGAGAAACACCUCUUGAGAUGGCUCUACAAAGUAAAAAUCGGCUCAUUAUUCACAUGCUAAAAACAGAAGCCAAAAUGAGAGCUAACAAAAAAUUCAGACUUUGGAGGUGGCUACAGAAAUGCGAGCUCUUCCUGCUGCUGAUGCUUUCUGUGAUUACCAUGUGGGCUGUUGGAUACAUACUGGACUUCAAUUCAGAUUCUUGGCUUUUAAAAGGAUGUCUUCUAAUAACAUUGCUUUUUCUGACAUCUUUGUUUCCAAGGUUCUUGUUUGGGUAUAAGUGCCUUGUGUACUUACCAACGGUCCUUCUGCUAAGUUCCAUUUUUUGGAUAUUUGUGACUUGGUUCAUCUUAUUCUUCCCUCAUCUGGCAGGCACUCCUUUCUAUUUUGUUUUUAUUUUCAGCAUAAUAGGCUUCCUCUAUUUUUUCUAUAAGACUUGGGCAACGGAUCCAGGCUUCACUAAGGCUUCUGAAGAAGAAAGGAAAACGAAUAUCAUCACCCUUGCAGAGACUGGCUGUCUGGACUUCAGGACAUUUUGUACAUCGUGUCUUCAUAUGUUAAAACUAACUUGGAGCCAGAGGUUCAUGGUGACCCAAGAACCACUUAGUGAAACUUCUCAUUUUGCAGUUGAGGUAAGGAAGCCACUAAGGUCACUCCAUUGCCCUGUGUGCAAAUCCUGUGUGGCUCGAUACGACCAACACUGCCUGUGGACUGGACGGUGCAUAGGUUUCGGCAACCAUCGCUAUUACAUAUUCUUCUUAUUUUUCCUUUCCGUUGUGUGUAACUGGAUUAUAUAUGAAUCUUUCAUGUAUUGGUCAAAUCAUUGUGCCACAACAUUCAGAGAAGAUGGACUAUGGACCUACCUCAAUCAGAUUGUGGCUUGUUCCCCUUGGGUUUUAUAUAUCUUCCUGCUGGCAACUUUCCAUUUCUCAUGGUCAUCAUUUUUAUUAGUAAAUCAACUCUUUCAGAUUGCUUUUCUGGGCCUGACCUCCCAUGAGAGAACCAGCCUGCUGAAGCAGAGCAGGCAUAUGAAGCAGCCAUUGUCCCUCAGGAGGACACCAUACAACCUUGGGUUCACCCAGAAUCUUGCAGAUUUCUUUCAGUGUGGCUGCUUUGGCUUGGUGAAGCCCUAUGCAGUAGAUUGGACGUCACAAUACACCAUGGUCUUUCACCCAGCCAAGGAGAAAGUUCUUCGCUCAGUAUGAAGCAAAGCAGCCCAAAGCUCUCACUCUGAUUUGUUUGUGUUUAUGUUCACGCCCUGUGGUGUAAAAGUGAAGAUUUAGAGUUCACCUAAGCCCAGAGGAACACAGGUGGUUUUUAAAGCCAUUUGGUGAAAACAGAAGUUGUCGAUAAAGGCAUUAUACUUUUUUUAGAGUUAGCAAGAGCAGUCUUGGCAGACAUCUAAAAAAAAACAAAACUUUUAUAUUUUUUACAAAUGCAAGUUACUUUUGGGGGGGAUAAUAUUCACUAAUUAUGGAUAAAAUGUGUUAUUUUCAGAUACUUUAUUGGCUGUUUCAAAAUAGUCUGUUCUUUAAACUUGUAAUUUUUGAUAAAUUAUUUGUCUUUGUUUUAUCUAUAAAUAUGUAAAAAUAUUUAAAUAGAUAUACUGUUUUGCUUUCACACUUAAUAAAAAAAUUUUUUGUA